AUGGCAUAUUUAUGAAGACUUCGUCAGAAUUUUCAACCCAUCAUCUUACUAUUUACUUUCUUUCAGCUGUCUGUUUCUUUAGAAAUUAUUCUUGCUUAUGAAGACAAUUAUAAUUUAAAUUCCAGAGACUUAAAUGUAACAUCUCUUCUUGAGGUCACCCAAUCACUAACUUCUCAAGUAGACUGGCACAAUUGCAGAAUCUCAAAUUUGGCUAACUGCGUUGACUAUUUCCCGAAUUCAUUAAUUAUCUUGCUCCUUCCUUUGAUUGGUUAGCAAAAAUAUAUUGGUUGAUACCAAAAGCUAGUUUAUUAUAAUGCUUUGGCAUUAUAAAUUAUAUGCAAAGAAAUUUUUUUGGAUUUUAAAGAGUAUUUUUAUAUUCGAAAAAUGGAAAAUCUUAUUGAAAACUUAUCUUAUUAUUAUAAUUAUAUACAAAUUUUUAUUAUAAUUUUUUUGUCUGCUAACGAAGGGACUAAUUUUCCAAAAAUAGAAUUUUUUUAAUGGUUUUCAUUAACCAAAGAGGAUAGUUAGAUUUAUCUGAAAAUUUGGAUACCAGAAAUGCAGUUUCCCAUUUAUGUAAAAGUCAUAUGAUAAUCCAUUUUGUUUUACAAAGUGAUUUUCGAUUUCAAGACGACUUGACUUUUUCACUUGCAUCUUCAAAAAAUAAGCAAAUAAAUGCAUUUUUGUCAGUUUUAGACUAUUUAAAUUGAACACAGGGAGUGGCAAUUAAAAGUAUUGAAAAUCAUAGUCUCAAAGAAGAAUUAAAAGAAUAUUCUUCAAACAUAGAUUUUUUAACUGUUGAGUCACAAUCAAACAUAGAAGAAUUAGUAAAUAGAGUUGUUGUAAGACAAGGUGCUACUGUUUAUUAUAUAUUUACUAGCUCAUUAGAGUCUUUAGAGCUGCUAAAAUGAUUUCAGAAUGCAAAACUUUUAACUGCUGGUAAUGGAAUUAUUUUGGAUCAAGAAAGUGGGUAUCAAUGUAAUAUUAAUGGAACUUUAAUUGUUACUGAGUUUGGCCAAGAAUUCGCAGCUUCUCCUGAGGAGUACUUGAAAAAAUCUAUUAUAAAUGUGAUUUCUUAUAUUUUAAGCCAAAUAUCUGACUUCCCCUAAUAGCGAGGAAAAAUGCUAUUUACAAAUGAAACAAAAAAAUGUUUCAUAUAUAAUUUUAUCAUAAUAUUGCAUAGAAAAUUAAUAAUUUUUAUAAUAAAAUUCUCGACAAAUUGUAUUCUAAAUCCUUAAUUUAUAAAUAAAUUAGAUUAUUUCAAAUAUUUAAUUAUUUUAGAAUAAUUUAAUAUAAAAUAUUAAAAAAUAAUAAUUCCCCUUUAAAAGCGGCCAAAAAAAUCUUUACUCAAAUUCUGGAGUAACGAAACUGCUCAAGAUAUAUUAUCAGUUUUACAAAAAUACCAAAUUGAAUAUAAAUUUUCUUUAGUCAAUAUCCAGAAUGGAGCACGCGUCAUUGUCGGAUCAAUUGUAAAUAAUAUUAUCUCAAUAUCAAAUAAUAUGACUUUUCCUGGCAACUCAAAUUCAAUUCCAAAAUCAACCAAAAAAAUUUUAAAUUUAAGCAUUAAUGCUGGGUCUACAAAUCCGAAUGCAGCUUCAUCUACUAGCGGAGAAAUCGGUUCUUGGGGCGCAUACUUCGCAAUGGACGAAAUAAAUGAAGGAAACACCUUUUUGCAGAAUUUUCAGCUUCAAUUUUUUAGUUUUGACUGUGGCGUUACAGUUUACGAUUCACAAUAUGCUUAUAAUUGUUAUAGCAAAAACAUAAAUAAAUUAGGGCUAGGACAAAUUUCACCAUUUAGCUCAAGCAAUGCAAUAGGAGCUCUCCAGACUUUUAAAAAACUAAAUGUGACGUUACCAGUAGUGGGCUGCUCAGUCACUGAGCCAUCACUGAAUUCUACAACAAGUUAUCCUAUGUUCACAAGGGUUUGGUUUACAGCGUCUUAUGGAUCCUCUUAUCUUUCUGUCUUACUUAAAGCUAUGGGAUGGGAAAAAGUCUCAGUUUUGUAUCAAAAUAAUUCAUGAGGAUUCUCUAAAUUUUGGUAUUUAAAUCCAGCAAUUGAAAGCCAAGGUUUAGAAAUAGUAAACCCGGAAAAUACUUGGUGAAUCCCUGCAGGGCUUAAUAGAGAAAGCCUAAAAAACUACACAGAUAUUGCACAAGGCAUUAUUAAUUCUCAAGCGAGAUUACUAGUACUAAGUAUAGAAUAUCCUAUGUGUAAUUAUUUUUUUGAAUUGCUUUAUGAUUUAGGCUUGAGAAAAGGCGAUUUAAUUACAAUUGCAACUUAUCUUGACACUCUCACAGUUAUUGGGAAUAUCGAUAAUUAUAGGUAUAAAAGACUUGAAGUUGGAAUCCCGACGAUGAGAUUAUCUUUGAGUACCUGGGUUGGUACAGUUGGCCAAGCAGCUAAAGCAGCUAAAGCAGAAGUCACAGCUAUUCAUAAGCAAUCUCCUACUGUCUAUACCUGCUCUUUUUAUGACGGGACUUAUCUUUUAGCUCAUGCUUUAGAUUAUAUGAUAAACAGAGGCAUAGAUUAUAAAGAUCCUAAUAAACUAGAAUCAAUUAUCAGAAUCCAGCAAUUUAUAGGGUGCACAGGAAGAAUAGCCACAGACUCAGACAGUAAUGACAGAAUUGUGGAUUCCUGAGAUAUAGAAACUAAUGAGAUUGAUAGUGAAGGAAAUGUUACUACACAAGUCAUUGGAACUUUUAAGCCAUUUUCUUCACAUGUUUUUACGAUAUCUAAUUCUUUUUUUUAUCCUGAUGGGACUACUAUUAAGCCUAGUGAUUUAAGAAAUGAAAACAGUAAAUGUCCGUUCCCAGAAAAAUUAGUUAAAACUUUUGCAAAGGGGAGGGCACUGCUAUUUGGGAUUUGUUUUUUUGUUGCAGUAGUUACUUUUGCUAUCACACUAUUUAUAUGGAAAAAAUGAUGGAACAUUACAAAUGAGGACCUUAAGCAAAAAGAAGAAAUUUCAUUGCAAGAUACAGUAGUAGCAAUUUCUAUAGUAAUUGAAUUUUUCCAAUAUUCUUCUAUGGGGCCGAAUUUUUCGAUUUUAAGUCCUUUUAUCGCAAAUUUUUCUGGGGCGUUUUCAUUGAAUUUAGGAGAUAUUAUAAAAUUAGAAAAUGGAGUGUUUUGGAUAUUAGUCGACAUUGUUUUUGGAGGCAUAUUAUUAUGGGCAAUUCUUUGUGCUGUAAUUUUAUUGAGACUUGAUGAGAAAUGGAAUUUUUUAUCAGUCAUAAAAUUUUUAUCGUGGCUUGCAGAUUAUCUUAUGCCUAUUUUAGGAAAUUUGUGCUUUAUUCCUUUUAUUUCUAUUUGUUUAGAUAUUUUCUUAUGUGAUCAAUCCAUCGGAGAUAAUUUUACAGACAGCUUUCUUGCUCGAGAUUGCUAUUAUUUUUGCUGAAAAGAUGAGCAUUUAACUCAUGCAAUAUUAUCAUUUUUAGCAUUAUUUUUAUAUGUGCCCUUCGCUAUUUUCUGUAGACCUCUUUGGCAAGAACUCCAAGGAAUGCUUCAUGUAAAAACAAGUCCUACAUAUUUGAUGGUAAAAACCAUUUUUCAAAUAACCCUAAUCGUUAUGAAUAAAACUAUAAAAAGGUCUCAAGACAUAACUCAUGGGUGCUUAUUUGUAACAGUUUUAAUUGGUUAUAUUAUUUUUACAUUUAAAUUCAAGCCUUACAACUACGCAAGAUUCAGUUGGUGGCAAGGGUUAGUUUUAAUAGGGGUUGCAUGGCUAGCGUUUAUUUCUACAAUUGCGAUAGGAAUACAAAAUUAUUUUACUUCACUACUUGCAAUACUUUUUCUUGGGUGGGUUAUUAUUAUAAUAGUAGGAUUAUACAAACAAAAGAAAAAAUACCCAAGCUUGUUAUUCAGAAAAAGCGCAAAAGACACGUCUACAUUGUUUAAGUUUGCUUUUACAUUUGGAAAAAGUACAGGUAUUUCAAAAGAUAAAGUUGCUCCAUAUUAA